AUGUUAUUUACUUUGAAGCAAAUACAAUAAUUUUAGAGCGUCUUUACAUUCCAAUAAUAUCUGUCAUUUAUUGGAGCAUAGUUUGAUUAAAAUACCAUAUUUUAUUAAACAACAUUAAUAUGUUCAGAUAAUAUUCCUUUAAAAAAAUUUCCAAUAAUAAAACCUUCUAAUUUUUUAUACUAAGUAUAUAUAAUAUGAAUUUAGAAACUCUUUGAGAAAAAAAAAAAGGAAGAAAACAAACAUACUCAGUUUUCAAACAAUGAAAACAAUUUUUAAAAUAAAAAAUAUUUUUUAGGGAGUCAAAAAUUGAUACUUUCUGAUGAAAUGGAAACUUUUUAUAAAUUAGUGGGAGAGCAAAAUAUUGAAUUCAUUUUAUAAAAUUUUAAAGUAAUAUAAUCAUUUUAUUAGAUAUUAAUAAAAGAAGACCUAAAUAGAGAGACUUAUAUCUAAAUAUGGGGAGAAUCAAUUAUGAAAAUUACUUUAAAAAUAAAGUCAAGUAAUUAAGAAAAAAUAGGUAGAUAAUAAAUACUUUAUUGCAACCAUAUGUCUAGAUAAGUUGGAUUUUUUAAAAAAAGUAUUUCAUCAUCUAAAUUAUAGAUUUCAUAACUCAUGCCAAAAAAGAAAUAAUAAUGAGGAACUUUAUACCUAAAGAAUCAAUAACUAUUGAUAUGAUAUCUAUGAAAGCCACCUCAAACAUUUUUGAUUAAUAUUAUUUUGAGGAAAAAUUUAAAUCGCAAGAAAAAUAGGAGUUGAGAAAUUUAACUUAAAAAUUAAUCAAUAAUAUGUAAAAAUUCAAUUUUCCCUAAGCUUUCAAGAUAUUUGUACCUUUGCCUUCUAAUUAUUUAAAUUUAAAAAAAGAAGUUUAUUAAUCAAUAAGAUAAAAAUAAUAUCCUACUGCAAAUUUAUAUGAUGAAAUCUAUAAGAACUAUUUAACUUAUAACUAAGUAAUUUCAAUAUUAAGAAACUUUCUUCGAGAAAUUAUACCUAUUAAUUUAUUUGGAUAAUAAAACUUAUACACUUUUCUUAGUGAUAUAUAAUAAUUUAUAAUCUUUUUAAGAUUUGAAGAUUAAAACUAUUCUGAUUAUAUCAAUAGAUUAAAUGUUUUUUCAAUACCAUGGAUGAACUCAUAUUUCUCUAAAAAGAAAUAAAAAAUAUUAAUAUCUAAAAAAAGAACAUAAUUACUUCCCAUCUUUAGGUUUUUAUUUUAAUAAAUUAUAAUACCUUUUUUAAGACAUAAUUUUUACAUUACUGAAAGAAUGAAAGAUGAUUGGAAAUUAUUUUAUUAUAGAAAAGAGAUUUGGAAUUUGACAAUCAAAUUAUCUUUAAAUCAAUUAACUUCCACUAAUUUAAAAUUCAUUUCUCCAGAAAAAAUUACAACUUAAUAUAUUGGAAAGCUUAGAAUUGUACCUAAACCUGGUACUUUUAGACCAAUAGUUACUUAUAAUAGAAAAUCAAGAAGUAAAAUUUUAUAUAAAAAAAGUUUCUAAAUUAUCAUUAAAUAAAAAAUUAUUAGACGUUAAAUAUGUAUUAAGAAAUUUAAGAAGUUAAUAAUUAGGUUUUUCAGUAUUUGGAAAUCCUUAGAUAUUUAACAGAUUAGAAGAAUUUAAAAAACUUUGGAUCAAGUAUUAAACUCCUUAAACAUAUUUUAUGUCAAUGGAUAUUCAUAAAUGUUAUGAUUCUAUUUAGCUUGAAUAUUUAUUGAAAUUUAUUGAAGAAAGUAACAUUAUAUAAAGUGCUUAUGUUAUUAAUAAAUAUUAUCUCAUAAUUAGAAAUAAUAGGUAGCUGAAGAUAUCAAAAUAAAUCAGAGAUCUAUUCAAUAUAUAUGAUAGAACUUGUGCUAUUCCAAUUAAUAAUUCUUAAUGUCUAUAAAAAGGAUACAUAGAAUAUAUUUAAUAAAAUAAAUUAGCAAUUAUUGUGAAUUUAGGAAUUCAAACAACUAUUACAUUUAGUGAAUUCUUACUUAGUAUUAAAGAAUUAUGCUAGAAUAAUAUUGUUUAAUUUGAAAAUAGAUAUUUUAUAUAGACUCUUGGAAUUCCUUAAGGCUUAAAUAUAUCUGGAAUAUUAUGUUCUUUUUAUAUAGCAAAUAUAGAAAAAAAUUUAACAAGAAAACUAUUAGGAGAUACAUUAAUUAUGAGAUUGACUGAUGAUUAUUGUUGUUUAACAUUUGAUAAACAAAAUUUAGUAACAUUUCAAUUUGAAAUUAGAUAAAUAUAAAAAAUAAUUUUAGAGAAGUUGAAAAAAUGUAUAGCAUCCAUCUAAAUGAUGAUAAAACACAACAUAAUCUAGAUCAAAAGAUAGUCAAUUUUAAAUGGAUUGGAAAAAUAAUAAAUUUAGAAAAAUUAACUAUAAAACCCGUAUUUGCUUAAGAGAAAGAUUGCAGUAAUUUAUAAAAAUAUAUAUUUAUAGAAUUUUAAAAUUAAAUAAACGUCAACUUACCAUAAAAACUUAGUGCUUAUUUUUUCAAAUCAAAAUUGA